GCAACUAAAUACCACUGCCGUUGCGUAGUUAGUAGUUACCUGCUGAGCACAUUGUGUACAGGGGAUGGUCGCGGUAUCAGACCAAUGGGAAGAGCUGCUUGGAUCAGCUGUGCAGAAGAAGGUCGUCGUUGAUGGAUACGGCGAGUCGCCUGAUCUCGGGAGUCUUGUGCUGUUUACAUGGACAGGGUCCCCCUUGCUCGACAACGGGACGACGACGGGGGUAGCCUUUGCUCACAGAGAGAGGGCGUGGAGCUUGGUCUUCGACAUAUGCGAGUAGGGCAGCAAUGCCUGGUUCGAUGUGAGGCGAGAUUCGCUUACGGAGGAUUGGGUUGCCCAGCGACAAAAGCAGGGGAUACAGAUCUUCCUCCGGACACAGAUAUCGAGGUCCGGCUCGAACUUCUAUCAAUUCUCCCCUCCACGCCUGUGCCAGAUAUGUCUCCUGAAGAGAUCUGCGCGGAAGGGGAGCGCAAGAAGUUGGUAGGGAAUGGGCACUUCGAGCGCACAGCGUACAAGAAAGCCCUUCGUGCGUACACAGCAGCGGCCAACGCUGUUGCAGAACUGGAGUUCCCCACCGGAGAUUCGGAUACGUUUCGUGAGGCUCGCCGACUCAGAAUCGACUGCGGCAAUAACAUUGCGAUGACGUGCUAUCGAUUGGGCGAGCUGGAAAAGGCGAAAGAGGCUGCUGUGGGUGUGUUGGAAGAAGAUCCAACUAACGUCAAGGCCCUUUUUCGCGCUGGUCAGGUAUCUUCUCUCCAGUCCAACUUCAUUGAAGCAAGAAUAGCCCUUGAGAAGGCUCGCGAGCUAAACCCGCGUUCUAAGGCGAUUCAGGCGGAGCUAGGCCGCUUGGCGGCCCGCAUCAAGUCAUACAAAGCAAAACGACAGGCUAUGCAAGAAACGAUGGGCCGUAGUUUGUUUGAGGGGUCCAAAGCCCCACCGGGGCCGAAGAGGGUGUGUGAAAUCGAGGGCGAUGAGGCUCCUGCUCCCACUCUGGCGAAUUCGAUUUGGGCGGAAGCCGUUAGUUGUGAUGCGGCAGGCCAGGUAGCGGGAAAAGGGGCUGGUGUCGCUAUCGAAACCGAUGCAGGAGAGAAGAUGCGAUCAGCGGUGCCCUUCGAUGUACAACGAUGCCGAGGACUUCGGGUAUACGUUCUUAUUGCCCUGGCUGCAUGGGGUGGCAUGCAUGUUGCAGCACGCGUGGGUCUCACCUCGAUUUAUGCUUGAGGUUAGCCUGGGGUUGCUAGUUGGUGGCCAGAAUUGUCACGAAGGACUCGUCGUGCUGAUUGUCAUUGUUGAAAGCACGCCUACGAAUAUCGUCGGCGUUGCUAGUCCCAAGUUGGCUUAUUUUUUUUGCUGAUUGUUUCGGGCUUGAAAACGGAAGCGGGGACGGAUUCCAAGGCUUGUAAGCGUUAUAACAGUUGCAACCACAAAAGACCUUCGUUUGUCUCUUCUGUCGGGUCCUUCGUUCAAGAACAACCAGGUGAGCAGGCUCAGGCC